AUGGCAUUUGAAUGGCUCGUGGAAGAGAUCGACAUCCUACACAACCUUACAGAACAGAGAGUUGUACAACGUUUUGUACUAGCCACAUUCUAUUUUGCCAACAGCGACGAGCGAUGGUUCUUGAGUGAUAACUGGUUGAAUCACAGUGUUCACGAGUGCCUUUGGUAUUCUGGUAUGGAGGAAUGGGUCCUCUUUUUGGCUAAGGGCAACAUAUCGGGAUCUCCAUGGGAUUACGUCAGUCCAUGUGAGCAAGAUCCAGCUGCGUAUCUAGAGGAUGGUGUACUCUAUCAGAGAAAUGGAAUCCUGAAGCAUUUUUGGCUGCCCUAUAAUGGCCUGAUCGGAUCAGGGAUUCCACCAGAGCUCAACUUGCUCACAGACCUCGAAACCUUGGUAUUGGAUGAAUUGAAACUUAUCAGCACAAUGCCAGAAGAGCUCUUUGGCCUAACAAAUUUGGAGUUUCUUUCAAUGAAUGAUUGUGGCCUUUAUGGCUCCAUUCCCGAGGCAAUAGGACAUUCCAUCAUCCCUGUAUUCGCUUGCAAACUCAAUAUCAACCCUCGUUCUUAUAGACAAUCAGCUAACAGGACCACUACCAACAGAACUUGGAUUGUUGACAACUUGCCGUUUAGCCUUGACACAAACUUGUUCACCUCGACGAUUCCCAUGGAGCUUGGCAGAUUGACUCUCUUGGAGGGCAUACUCCUUUACAGCCUAAUGUUGAGUGGUACUAUCCCAAGUGAGCUUGCUUUGCUUACAGACAUGGAACAUCUUGAAUUGGAUGACUCGGGUCUUACAGGGACAAUCCCCAGGUGGCUUGGCAACAUGACAUCCAUCGAGGGAUUGACAAUGGGGGAUAACUCUUCACUGGAACUAUCCCAACAGAACUUGGCCUUCUAA